AGUCAACAGGAACCUGGCCCCAGCAAUGACGAGGCCCCGUCAACCUCUUCCGGCACAGCUGGAAGUUCUCCUGUGCCAGAUCUACCAGGGUAUUACUUCGACCCCGAAAAGAAGCGCUACUUCCGUUUGCUUCCUGGACAUAACAACUGCAACCCUCUGACCAAGGAGAGCAUCGAGCAGAAGGAAAUGGAGAAGAAAAGACUGCAGCUCGUGGAGGAGGAGCUGCAGACGAAGAAACUAACCAGGGUGGGAUUUGAUGCUACUUCUUUGCUGCGUAAAAGACAACUGGGUUUGCUCACCACCAACAAGUAUACUCGUCUGGCCAAUGAAGUGCGAACAAGCUGCAUGCAAAGGAACAAGGUCCGUAUUGAGAGCACGGACCCCUCUGCUUUGGCCAGCGACCAAUUUAACCUCAUUCUGGCAAACACCCAUAAGAGCCAGGUCUUCACAGUCAUCGACGUCAAAGUCAGCGGCUCCAAGUACAGCAUCAUCAACCUCAACCGCCUGCAGAACCCAAAUUUCAUCGUGAAAAUGUCUGAGAGCCUGUAUUUCACCAACCGGAAGGUGAAUUCUGUUUGCUGGGCUUCGCUGAAUCACUUGGAUUCUCAUAUUUUGCUCUGUAGCAUGGGAGUUGCAAAGACCCCGGGCUGUGCUACUCUGCUUCCAGCCUCACUGUUCGCCCAUAGUCAUCCAGGUAUGUGCUCCUCUGAUCAACCUGGCAUGCUGUGCAUUUUCCGGAUUCCCAGUGCCUGGUCCUGUGCUUGGUCCCAGAACAUCCAGACCAGUAACUGCUUCAGCACAGGCUUGUCUCGGCAGGUCCUACUGACCAAUGUGGUGACAGGACACCAGCAGUUAUUCAGGACCGGCAGUGAUGUCCUGGCCCAGCAGUUUGCUGUCUCGACUCCUCUGCUGUAUAACGGCUGUCGUUCUGGGGAAGUCUUCGGCAUUGAUCUGCGUGCUCAGCCUCGUGGCAAGGGCUGGAAGACCAUGCGCCUGUUCCAUGAGUCCGCCGUGACCUCUGUGAGAAUCCUCCGUGAAGAACAAUGCGUGGUGGCAUCGGACAUGGCUGGGAAGAUCAAGCUGUGGGACUUGAGGAACUGCACUAAGAGUUUGAUGGAUUUUGAAGGUCAUGUGAAUCAGCACACCUACCUGCCCCUGCAUGUGCAUGAGGAAGAAGGAAUUCUGAUAGCAGUGGGCCAAGAUUGCUACACAAGAAUCUGGAGCCUCCAGGAUGCCCAUCUGCUGAGGACCAUCCCCUCCCCUUACCCCGCAUGCAAGGAGGAUAUCCCCAGUGUGGUCUUCUCUUCCCGCCUAGGGGGCCUCAAGGGAGGGCCAGGGUUGCUCAUGGCUGUCCGUCAGGACCUCUACUAUUUCCCCUACAACUGA